AUUUUUAUGACGGUAAUCCGAUGUCACGUUCAAGAGUGCACUUGCAUUUUUGUGUCAAAACUUUUACCCUGCGUGUAUAAACUUUAAGCAAACGCGGCGCGCAGUCUCCUUCUCACUCUCUCUCGCGUCGUCUGCACGGCUGCGACCGCUCCGAACCCGAACUACUCACUGCGUCGUGCGAAUAGCGCUCGUCGGCUUCAUCGCACCGGACCGGACGGAAGUUCGCUGCGUGAGCGUGUUGGUGCCUGAUUUGCGUUGGCGUCGGUUUCUUUGUGUUUCCAACCGCUGGGAUUUCGCUGGGGGUUAGUGGCGUCGAAUCUCUUUACCGCGUGUGAAGUCGCUAGACUUUGUUGUGAUUGCUGAUAGUCCGGCGGUGAUUCUGGUGCUACGCAAACGAUAAUAUCAGUGCAACCUGCAAUCUUCGCUGCUUGCGCGGAGAUGGAGAAGCGCCGUGGUGGAGCCGAAGAGGUUAUGUCUCCCGUCCCCGACCCUCCUCAAGCUGAGGAACCACAACCGACCCGCCACGCCUCGACUGCAUCAUUGAGCUUGGAGCGGCUUCCGGACGACGUGCUGGUGCUGGUGCUGCGAUACCUGGACGUGGGGUCCCUCCUGGCCUGCCGGCUGGUGUGUAAGAGGCUCGGGGCCCUUGCCCUCCAUGGGGACGCGUGGCGGCAUCGAGUGGUCGGCGGCUUCGUAGGAGGCUGCGCCUGCGUGUGUCCGGAGCUGCGACUGGCGCCGUGCGUCCGUGUUCUGUGUUUCUACACGGAAUUGCACGAUAGAGUCCCUUGUCGGGAGGCGGCGCUCGCCUGGACCCGCUGCGCCGCGGCGGAAUUGUGUCUCGAGGUAUCGGACGGUAGCGAUAACGCGCUCGCCGCAGCGGCCUUGAUCAACAGGCAGCAGGCGCUGGGCCGGCUCAAGAGUCUUCGAGUUGAACUGUAUUCCAGUAAGCCAGCUGUCAUUUCUGUGUUGACUGAAACCUGUGCGUCUACUCAUGGCCUGGUAAAACUUGAGGUGGAGGUUUGGGGAGGAAGACUGCCAACCCCCUUCCAGACAGAGUGUACUAUAUCAGCGCCGUCUCUAAGACAUUUCAAGUGUGUACUUAGCCCGGAGAUGGAGCCUUUCGUGAACCUUAUUUUGGCUGGGCACGCCGCCACCCUCGAGACAGUAGACCUGAACAGCGAAGCGUCAGGCAUGUUCUGCGUCGCCACUGUGCCCCUGCUGCUCGGGCUACCGAAACUCACCAAGCUGAGCUGCUGCAACAUCCCCGGCGUGGAGGCCGUGGCUGCCAGCCACACACUUAGAAAGCUGGAACUGACCGUGCGGACCGAGACUGAGCACCGCGGUGCGGUCGCGGGGGCCGCGGCUCUCCUGAUGCGCGCCCCGCAGCUGCGCGAAGUGAAAGUUUGGUAUUCCCCUUGCACCGCUGACGUGGGCGUGGACGUGAUCUGGGCCCUGGCGUCGUCGGGACGGUCCCCCCUCGAGUCGUUGGAGAUCGAAAAUGAUGGCAAUGGACAAUACUUCUGCCAUCUGCAGGAGCUGAUCGCCGCGAUGCCCUCGCUGCUGGCCCUGCGACACCUGCGAGUAGACGUGGGAGGAAACAUGGAGAAGCUGGACGAGCUGGCGCUGGCCAUCACCCCCGCCACAGCACCGGCCUUGCGCUCCGUUAAGCUGGGGCUGGGAACAGGUCUCUGCGGCCACGCCUGCCUCCACAGGGACGCGUUUAAGACAAAUAUGUCCAAGAAUCCUUUGCUUCAUUUGGGCUUAAGUGCAUUGCCGCAAUACUGUGGUAUAUUAUCUUGUGAGGCAUGUGGUGUGGGCUGCCACGAAGUUAUGAAGAAGUUUGAAAGUUAUGAUUUUUACCUUUUCUGGCAUGAUUUCGACACAAAAUGCCCCCAGGAUCACAGCCUCCAUGUCCAAUGGGCACUGUCCUGAGUAAGAUAAUAUUGGUUUCGAGUGAAUGUUAUUUCUGUGCCCGGCUGUAUCCAAUUUUGACUUGUUUUGUAUUGCGUUUCUUUCUUAUACCUGCCUUUUGGUCCGUGGGAUUUAUUUUAAGUAAGGUGUUGUAUUUGGUUGCUCUUGUGUGAUUUUUAUGUAUUCUCCUGUGACCCACAAAUCGCCAAAGCUUAGAGGAAGGACUAGUCCAUGGGGCUCCCAACGGCUCUGGGCGCCGUUUUAGUGGUUAAGAACCCGGUAGGGAGAGGAAGGACGGUGAGGUAUUCAUUUUGUAAUAAACAAUUUGUUGGGACUCACUGUCAAUAAA